AGCUGGCAGCUGGCAGACCCCUGGGAAGACCAGGGGAGGGCAGGUGUUUGAGCAAGGAGGUGCCAUUGCUGGGCUAGGUCAGGGUUCAGGAGCUCUGGCCGUGGUCACAGGGUGGUCAGAGAGGCUGGGGACCCCCAUGAAAUAGAGGUCAUGGGUUAACCCGAACACACAACACAGGUUCCAUGAGGCCACCGCUGGCUCCAGAGCUCAGAUGUGGUGUCACCAACAGGCCAGGGUAGACUCAGGAGGGGCUGGUUGUGGGAAAAGGAGGGUGAAAUCUAUUUGAGUUGAGCAGGGCUCUGGCAGGAGCCUUGCCAGGCGGCCAGUUAUGAGAAUCAGUUCUCAACCGGGGAUGAUUCUGCCCCCCUGGAGGAACAUUAGGCGUUGUCUGCAGGCAUUUUGGGUCAUCACGGCUGGUGGGUUGGUGCUGAACAGCUCACAAUGCACAGGAGAAUCACCAAAAACCGUUCGCCCCAAUGUCAGUGCCACGGGGGGAGAUGCUGGACUAGGCUCCCAGAACCCACUCAGCUCAUGGGACCUGUCCGGGGGGCCUCUGUGCUUUGGGAGCAGGUGGCUUUGCUUUCUGGGUGGUCUGUGCUCGAAAGACAGAGCCCACAGCACCAUCUUAUCAGAGCCACUGCUGACAGGAGCAGGGUCUGCCCAGCCCACGCUGGCUUCCAGUCCCCGCGUCUGCCUGCCAAGCCUGAUGCUGGUCCCAAGAUGAGCGGAUGCUUGAGGAGGUCCGUGGGGACGGGUUUGCUGUGCUGGGAUGGAGCAUGUGUCUUGCUGCGAGCACUGGAGCCCCUGGGGGGCCUGGAGACCAUGCGGCAGCUUCGCAGUACCUCCCGGAAAGGCAGUACCGGCCGGGCCCUCAAAGACCGUGAGCUCUGCAGUGGCCCCUCCAAGCUCUGUCAGGCCCUGGCCAUCGACAAGAGCUUCGACCAACGAGACCUCACCACGGACAAGGCUGUGUGGCUAGAGCACAGCCCCCCGGGGCCCAGGGAGCCAGCGGUGGUGGCAGCAGCCCGAGUGGGCAUCGGCAACGCAGGAGAGUGGGCCCAGAAGCCCCUGCGCUUCUAUAUCCAGGGCAGCCCCUGGGUCAGUGUGGUGGACAGAGGAGCUGAGCAGGACACACAGGUCUAAGCAAGGGCCUGCUAAGGACAGGCUUUUUAAUUGUUUAAAAACCAAAUAAAUGCUUUAUUUCUAGAAAACGUGU